AUGACUUCCCGACUCGACCGCCUGGUCACUUUGCUUGAGACCGGAAGCACUCAGUUGAUUCGGAACACAGCAGCCCAGCAAUUAGGUGACGUUCAAAAACAACACCCGGAUGAGCUCUUCAACCUCUUGGGCAGAAUUCUGCCAUACCUGCGAUCUAAAUCAUGGGAUACGAGAACUGCUGCGGCGAAAGCCAUCGGUUUGAUCGUCGGCAAUGCGGAGAUUUAUGAUCCAAAUGAAGAUGAUGGUUUGCAGAUUAAGUCUGCAGCUGAGGAUGAUGAAGUGGAGAUUAAAUCUGAAGUCAAAUCAGAAGAUAUUCCGUCCUCGUUUCUCCAACUUGACACCCUGGACAUUGGAUCGAUACUAAAGCACGGCAAGCGAUUACUUGGCAGUGCUGGAAAGGAGUAUGAGUACUCCCUAGCAUCAUUGGAUCCCGCGACACGACUUCAGCACCAGAAAAAGACACUGAACGGCCGUCUCGGCCUUGCUGGCGAGUAUAUUGAGGAUGAUCUACUUGACACGGCCGAAAUGGUCCCCAAAGUGGCAACUCCUGCUCCAAAACGAGAAUUCGCACAGGCUCCUGUAUCUCGAGACAACAGCGUUUCGGAUAUAGCCUCUCGGCGGCCAUCGUCCCCGGACGCCAAGCAGGAAGAGGCGGGUCUCAGUAAGCGCCAGUUGAACCAGCUUAAGCGAAAGAACAAGCAAAAUGCCAAGAUGGGCGCCAAUAAAGUCCGUGUGGUCGACCUCUCCUCCCGUCGACCAUCGGAGAACGUUGCGACACCAACCACCCCUCACCCUAUCAAGGCCGAGAACGGCGACGAUCAGAACGGAGAAAGUAAACCCGACUAUUUCUCGUUUGAAAAAUCCGCCGAAGAUGAUGAUUCAAAGAUCGUUGCGGAGUUCAAGGGACCCAUCGCACCCGAGCGAUCAGUCAUCCAGCCUGAUUUUGUGGACCAAGGCUCAGGUUGGCCCUUGGAAUGCAUGUGCGAAUUCUUGACAAUGGAUAUCUUUGACUCUAACUGGGAGGUUCGACAUGGUGCAGCUAUGGCUCUUCGCGAGGUUAUUAGGGUCCAAGGUGCGGCAGCUGGUCGGUUGGAGGGUAAGACCCGGACAGAGAACGAUUUACUGAACCGCAAAUGGCUUGAUGACCUUGCCUGUCGUUUGCUUUGUGUUCUCAUGCUCGAUCGAUUUGGUGACUACAUUUCAGACAAUGUGGUCGCCCCGAUUCGGGAAACCGUGGGGCAGACCCUGGGUGCCCUUUUGUCCCACUUACCACCUAAGUCUGUUCGUCACGUUUACCGAGUCCUUUACCGAAUUAUCAUGCAGAAUGAUCUCGGUCUGGAUCGCCCUGUGUGGGAGGUUUGCCAUGGUGGUAUGAUUGGUCUCCGCUACUUGGUUGCCAUUCGCAAGGAUCUUCUCAUCAAUGACUCUGUCAUGAUGGAUGGUGUCCUCGAGGCUGUCAUGAAAGGACUCGCCGACUUUGAUGAUGACGUGCGCGCUGUUAGCGCCGCAACACUGGUACCAAUUGCAGAAGAGUUUGUAACAUCAAGGGGUGGCACUCUUGGGCCUCUGAUGAACAUUGUUUGGGAUUGUCUUUCCAACCUGCAAGACGACCUCAGUGCCAGCACAGGAUCCGUGAUGGAUCUCCUCGCCAAGUUGUGUACGUUCAAUCAAGUCUUGGAUGCGAUGAAAGCCAACGCAGCGGUCGACCCGGAGGCUUCGUUCGGCAAUUUGGUCCCUCGUCUCUACCCCUUCCUGCGGCAUACAAUUACCAGUGUUCGUUCCGCCGUUCUCCGUGCUUUGAUGACCUUCUUAAAACUAGAGGGAGAAGGCAGCACGGAUUGGGUGGAAGGCAAGGCACUGCGCUUGAUCUUCCAAAAUCUGCUUGUGGAGCGCAACGAGGAUGUGCUCAAACUCUCAAUCCAGGUUUGGUCGGAGCUACUAAAAGCCAUCGAGACCCAUGGAUACUUCAAAACCGAUGCUGAGCUCUCAAGCUCCAUUGAGCCCCUCAUCACUCUUACCCUUGGGCCAUUCGGUGUUCCUCGUUACCCCAUUCGGAUGGACGAAACUCUCUUUAUCAAGCCAUCAGGUCUUCCCUUCUCUCUUGCCGCUCAACCUCCCGCUAAAAUCUCACCCCCCGCUACUGCUGGUGGUGCAGAGCCCCCCAAACCUGGCCGCAGACGAAAGUCGGAGAAAAAAGAAGCCCCGCCACCAUCAACUCACAACGUGGAUGGGCAUAUGUUGUCAGGCGACAUCGACCUUGUUGGUGCAGACACUAUGUUGCGAUCCAAGAUCUAUGCCUCAAGGGCAUUGGGUGAAUUGCUAUCUGUUUGGGACAAGCACAAUCUCCCGAGUUUCUGGUCGCCCAUUUUGAAUGGCCUGAACGCCUCGGCGUCUACUUCUCAACUCUCCGCUGCCAUGGUCAUGGAGGAAUACGCCCGUUUCACUGGACCAGACAGCAAGUACACAUCAUCUCUUACAGAAAAACUUCGCCCGAUUGUCGAAGAUGAACGUCCACCAUGGUAUUCGGACAUCUCCAGCUACCUGCAUGUCGCUCGCGCUCAAUGCCAUUCCCUGCUGAACGCCUUCCGGGACCACGCACAUGUCCCAACCUCGCGGCUCCCGACCUUGGCUGUUGUUGUUCAAGGCGACCCUGAAGCCGGGCCUAAUGCAUUCUCUCUCGCUGAUGCCGAGAAGAUCGUCGGCCCUGACUUUGAACGCCUCAAGAAGAGCCUGACGCCUGCGCAGAGAAUUACUGCCACUCAGGUCUUGAACGACACCCGUGCAACAGCGCAAUCGGCUGUCAACGAGGCUCGUGGUUUCAAAGAGCAACGAGACAUGCGUGUUCCAGCAGCCGCUGCAGGCGCAUUAGUUGCCAUUCGGGAUAUUCCGAAACGCCCUGGUCAUAUCAUUAAGGGUAUGAUGGACAGCGUGAAGAAGGAAGAAAAUAUUGAGCUUCAGCAACGCUCAGCAACCGCAGUUGCAAGCCUUAUCGAGCACUACACAGCAGCCACAAAACGUGGACCAGUCGACAAAAUCAUUGGAAACCUCGUCAAAUACUGCUGCGUGGACACCUCGGAGACUCCCGAAUUCCAGCAUAAUGCCCAAUUGGAGACAUCAAUCUUGUCUUUACGCAAGGAAGAAGAUCGGCGAGACCACCCCGAUGCUGCCAAGUUCGAACGCGAGGCUAAAGAAGCUCGUAUUAUGCGACGUGGUGCCAAAGAGGCUUUGGAGCAACUGACUGUCAAAUUUGGCCCCGACCUUCUUGAGAAGGUGCCCAACCUUGCAGCGCUAGUUGAAAGACCAUUAAAGGAUGCUUUGGUGGGUGAGCUGCCUGAAGAUAUCACCAAACCAGAGACGACGCUUGGCCAGGAGGUUGUAGAUGGUCUAUCCACUCUUCGUGCCCUUCUGCCCAAGUUUGAUUCUGGUCUCUAUCCUUGGGUUAUUGGUCUCAUGCCUAUCAUUGCCAAGGCUUUACAAUGUCGUCUAUCAGUAAUCCGCUAUGCAGCAGCAAAGUGCUUUGCUACAAUCUGUAGCGUUAUUACUGUGGAAGCUAUGACAAUGUUAGUAGAGAAGGUGCUUCCGACAAUUAACCACGCUUUGGAUGUCCACCAUCGUCAAGGUGCUAUCGAGUGCAUCUACCAUCUUAUCCAUGUGAUGGAAGAUGGAAUCCUACCCUAUGUCAUCUUCCUGGUCGUUCCUGUACUUGGACGUAUGAGCGACUCCGACAACGAUGUUCGACUUUUGGCAACCACAUCAUUCGCCACUUUGGUCAAACUCGUACCGCUGGAGGCUGGUAUCCCCGAUCCACCUGGUUUCUCCGAGGAAUUACUCAAGGGUCGUGAUCGAGAGAGGAAAUUUAUGUCCCAGAUGCUGGAUUCGCGGAAGGUGGAGGCAUUCGAGAUUCCUGUUGCGAUUAAAGCUGAGCUCCGGCCGUAUCAACAAGACGGUAUCAAUUGGCUUGCUUUCCUUAACCGUUACAACCUUCAUGGUAUUCUCUGUGAUGACAUGGGUCUUGGAAAGACCCUUCAAACUAUCUGCAUCGUUGCGAGUGAUCAUCACAUGCGAGCAGAGGAGUUUGCAAAGAGCCAAGCUCCUGAUUCUCGCAAGCUCCCCUCGCUGAUUAUUUGCCCACCUUCUCUUUCUGGCCAUUGGCAACAGGAGGUCAAGCAGUACGCUCCAUUCCUCAACUGCAUUGCCUAUGUCGGUCCCCCGGCAGAGCGAACAAGACUUCAAGCUCAACUUGGUACAUCCGAUGUGGUUGUAACCUCCUACGAUGUUUGCCGAAACGACAAUGAAAUUCUCAAUAAGAUCAACUGGAACUAUUGUGUGCUCGACGAGGGUCAUCUCAUCAAGAACCCGAAGGCCAAGAUCACAAUUUGCGCUAAGCGACUAAUGAGCAACCAUCGCCUGAUUCUCUCGGGUACGCCGAUUCAGAACAACGUGCUUGAGCUUUGGUCACUCUUCGAUUUCUUGAUGCCUGGUUUCCUUGGCACAGAGAAGGUCUUCUUGGAUCGAUUUGCCAAACCAAUCGCUGCUAGCAGAUUCAGCAAAUCUUCAUCGAAAGAACAAGAAGCCGGUGCUUUGGCGAUUGAAGCCUUGCAUAAACAGGUCUUGCCUUUCCUCCUCCGCCGCCUGAAGGAAGAGGUCUUGAAUGAUUUGCCUCCUAAGAUCAUCCAAAACUAUUAUUGUGAUCCCAGUGAGCUUCAAAAGAAGCUUUUCGAGGACUUCUCAAAGAAGGAGCAGAAGGAGCUACAAGACAAGGUUGGAAGCACUGAUCGCUCUGAUAAGGAGCACAUUUUCCAAGCCCUACAGUACAUGCGUCGCCUGUGCAACUCGCCUGCCCUGGUCGUCAAAGAUGGACACAAGCAGUAUAAUGAAGUCCAGACCUACUUGAAUGCUAAACGUUCAACCAUCAGGGAUGUGUCUCAUGCGCCGAAGCUCAGUGCACUGCGUGAUCUGCUGGUUGACUGUGGUAUUGGUCUCGAUACCCCAGCUGAGGGUGAGCUCGAUACAGGUGCAAGCUAUGUCAGCCCGCACCGUGCCCUUGUCUUUUGUCAGAUGAAGGAGAUGCUGGACAUUGUGCAAAAUGAUGUCCUUAAGAAGUUACUACCAUCUGUCCAAUACCUCCGCCUGGACGGUGGUGUCGAAGCAACAAAACGUCAAGAUAUCGUCAACCGAUUCAACACCGAUCCUAGCUACGACGUGUUGCUACUGACAACCAGUGUUGGUGGUCUUGGCCUCAACCUCACGGGAGCAGACACUGUUAUAUUCGUCGAACAUGACUGGAACCCGCAAAAGGAUAUCCAAGCCAUGGAUCGCGCCCAUCGUAUCGGUCAAAAGAAGGUUGUUAACGUGUACCGCUUGAUCACCAGAGGUACCCUAGAGGAGAAGAUCCUGAAUCUACAACGAUUCAAGAUAGACGUCGCCUCUACGGUGGUCAAUCAACAAAACGCCGGCUUAGGUACAAUGGACACAGAUCAACUUCUAGACCUAUUUAGUCUCGGCGAAACAGCUGAGACAGCCGAGAAACCAGACGCAACCGGCAAUGAAGUCGACAUGGUCGACAUCGACGGUGAAGUCAAGGAGAAAGGCAAGAAGGGUUGGUUGGAUGACUUAGGCGAACUAUGGGAUGAUCGACAAUACCAGGAAGAGUAUAACCUGGAUUCAUUCCUGGCUACGAUGAAGAACUGA